GGGUAUUUUCAUUACAUAUGUGGCGGGGUUUGACACCUAACAGUAUCUUGUAAUCACACAAUGUCUUAUCUCAUUUCUCUCCCUUUCCCCAUCACACCCUCCAUAUUUUGAUGACAUGCUUCUCUCCCUCCUCAUCCUCAAGAAUUCACACUGAAGUAUGGCCUUUUGUCUACACUCAACUUUUAUAUCCAGUGAAUGCAACAGCUUGUAUUCCACAACCCAAUUCACCACCAAUGGAAGGUUUGCAGGUCGAAGGACGGAUUUUAAUAAUGGUGGUUUAGUUAUGGUGAAAUUGUGGUCGAAUUGCAAAAGAUCCACACCUACGCAGGUUAUAAGGAAUCUUAGGGUAUAUUGCGGGUUGGACUCUAGGUUCCCUGAUAUUUUGUCGAAUGGAAGGGCAAAGAUUUUUUCCUUGUGUAAUAUCGAAGCAGUUAUGAAGAGUAAGGACCCAUUCAACCUGGAAACAACGGUCAAAUUGAUUGCUCAGAAGCAGUGGAGCCAGUUUGCAGCAGUAGCUCUUGUAUUGGCUUGUACAUUCGUGAUAAUACCAAAUGCAGAUGCUGUUGACGCUCUCAAAACUUGUACUUGCUUACUUAAGGAGUGCAGGGUGGAGCUUGCCAAAUGCAUUGCAAACCCAUCAUGUGCAGCCAAUGUUGCUUGUCUCCAAACAUGCAACAAUAGACCUGAUGAGACCGAAUGCCAGAUAAAGUGUGGGGAUCUGUUUGAAAACAGUGUCGUAGAUCAGUUCAAUGAGUGUGCUGUAUCGAGAAAGAAAUGUGUGCCACGUAAAUCUGACGUGGGUGAAUUUCCUGUCCCGGCAGCUGAUGUGCUUGUAAAAAGCUUCAACAUCAAUGAUUUCACUGGGAAGUGGUUUAUUACUAGUGGUCUAAAUCCAACAUUUGAUGCUUUUGAUUGCCAAUUGCACGAGUUCUACACAGAAGGCAACAAACUUGUAGGAAAUUUGUCAUGGCGCAUAGGAACUCCAGAUGGUGGUUUUUUUAAUCGAUCAGCUGUACAGAAAUUUGUACAAGAUCCAUCCCAGCCGGGAAUCCUCUACAAUCAUGACAAUGAGUAUCUCCAUUACGAAGAUGACUGGUAUAUUUUGUCUUCAAAGCUAGAGGGUACACCAGAAGACUAUCUAUUUGUAUAUUACAGAGGAAAGAAUGAUGCAUGGGAUGGAUAUGGUGGCGCAUUUGUGUACACAAGAAGUGCAGUUUUGCCCGAAAGUAUUGUACCUGAACUAGAAAGGGCUGCUAAAAGCGUGGGUAGGGACUUCAACACCUUUAUCAGAACUGACAAUACAUGCGGGCCUGAACCUCCCCUUAUUGAUAGACUGGAGAAGACAGCAGAAGCAGGGGAAAGGACGAUUAUAAAAGAGGUUGAGGAGAUAGAACAGGAGGUGGAGAAAGUGAAGGACACAGAAGUGAGUCUGUUCCGUAGGUUGGCCGAAGGGUUCAAAGUGUUCCUAGAAGAUGAACAAAACGCACUCAAUGGGCUGACUAAAGAAGAGGAGGAGAUUUUGAGUGGCCUACAAAUGGAAGCAGCUGAGGUAGAAAAACUCUUCGAAAAUGCACUACCUAUCAGGAAGUUGAGAUAAGUAAUAUUUACGCUAUAUGAGAGGCUCUCUCAACCGAUCAAAGACAGAUUUGUAUUAGCUUAAAUGUAUAGAUUCGAAGUUAUCAUAUAGUACACACAAUAUAUUGAAAAUCAUUUUUGAAUCAACUCCUAUCGUUUUUUAAGGUCACACACAAAGGAAAGAGGUCAUUUGAACAUAUAUUCCUAUAUUUUUCUCUCGAUAUUUUUCAGAGCACGGAUGUAUACAUUUUACUGAUAUUUUUUCUUCUUAA